GCCUCUCGCCAAACUUCGGAGGGUCGCAGAGCGUAGGGAGAGAGAGGCGCGAGCCCCUGGCUCUACAGCUUCCUUCACCCGGAGAUGCGCCCGAGGAGUGCCGGAAACACCCGAAGGCGGCCAGAGUUCCUGCCAAACCAGGACAUUCUGUAGCCGGUCAGCUGCUCCGGGAGCUUCUCAAUGCGGUUUCCUAGCCCUCCAGAGGGAUGUCCCAGUCAGACCACCUCACUAUCCUGCUGGUGCUGGCAUUAUGCCUCCAGGGAGCCCCAGCCCAGAUUAUGGACUACCUCUUUGAGAGCUGGAAGGCUUAUAGCGAAGAGUGUCACCACAACAUGAGCCUCCUGCCGCCACCUACUGAACUUGUCUGCAACCGAACUUUUGACAAAUACUCGUGUUGGCCUGAUGCACAACCCAACACCACUGUCAAUGUUUCCUGUCCCUGGUUCCUGCCCUGGUAUGACCAAGUGAAGCAUGGCUAUGUAUUUAAGAAGUGUGGCCCAGAUGGGCAAUGGGUAACUACCCCUGAAGGGAAGUCAAUGCGGGAUGCCCAUCAGUGUGUGAUGGACAACAAGACCAUCUCAGACCAGGAGAGGUUUGCAAAGAUCUAUGGUAGCUUCAAGGUGAUGUACACAGUUGGCUACUCAGUGUCUCUCUGCGCCCUCCUUCUUGCCUUGGCUGUGCUGCUAGGCUUCAGCAAGCUGCACUGCAUGCGCAACUACAUCCACAUGAACCUCUUCGCCUCCUUCAUCCUGAAGGGCAUCUCGGUGCUUAUCAUCGACAUGCUGCUCAACACCCGCUACAGUGAGAAGAUCGACGACUACAACGUGGGCCUUUGGCUGAGUCAUGAGGCGGCGGCAGGCUGCCGAGCAGCCACUGUGUUUAUGCAGUACGGCAUUGUGGCCAACUACUGUUGGCUUCUAGUGGAAGGGAUCUACCUGCACAACUUGCUCGUGCUGGCUGUUUUCUCCGAGCGCAGCUACUUCACCCUCUACCUCUGCAUCGGCUGGGGAGCCCCAAUUCUCUUCAUUGUGCCAUGGGUAGUGGUGAAAUUUCUUUAUGAAAAUAUUCAAUGCUGGAGUACCAACAAUAACAUGGGUUUCUGGUGGAUCCUGCGUUUCCCUGUCUUUCUGGCCAUCUUUAUCAAUUUCUUCAUUUUUAUCCGUAUCAUUCAGAUAUUGGUCUCCAAACUCCGUGCCCACCAGAUGCGCUACACAGACUACAAAUUCCGGCUGGCCAAGUCCACGCUGACACUUAUUCCAUUGCUGGGUAUCCAUGAGGUAGUUUUUGCCUUUGUCACUGAUGAACAUGCUCAGGGUACCCUGCGAUAUGUCAAGCUCUUCUUUGACCUCUUCCUCAGCUCCUUCCAGGGCAUGCUGGUGGCCAUACUUUAUUGCUUUGUGAACAAAGAGGUACAGUCAGAGCUCACAAAGAAAUGGACACGCUGGAAGCUUGGCUGGGACAUAGAAGAGGAGUACAAGCACACAUACAGCCACACACCCAAUGUCCGCAAUGGGGGUGCCAGCACCUUCGAGAAGCACAAACUGGUUGGCAACUACCUCAAUGGGCUGGGGCGCAGCCAGGCCACUGUCCAUACGAGCACGCAGUAUCUGGAGAGGACAGGCUGCAGUGCCAGUGAAAACUUGGCCGCAGGUGGAAACUGGCAUCCCCAGGGCCAUGACUCCCCUGACACUGUGGAGAGCAACUUCUGAAGGAGGUCUUCCCAGAGGACAGCCACACUGGAGGCCAGGCAUGGCAGCGGACUCUGCCAGGAACCUGAACUUGAAAACAUUGAGAAAGGACAUGUGACUGGAAACAGUAUCAUCUUCUAAUUUUCCUGGAGAUGUUGCUGGAACAGUGCGAGUUCUUUUCUGUUGGAGAGAUAUGUGUUUGACCCAAUGAGACUUACUGCCUUGCCUGUACGCAAGGCACAGUACCCCACUGCUGUGCUGCAUUAGAUGGAACAAGGCAGGAGUAACACAGUCACAGAAUACACUAAGGGAAGUGACAGUGCCAAACCAAUUUUGUGUAAGAAGAAAUUCUGUACUUUGGUAAGCUCUGAAAAGUUGCACAGUUUAGAGGCUGUGCCAUGAUCAGUCCUGAUCAAAUCUUUGGGAAUCUCAGAAUCCCUUUUAAAACAAAAUGUUAGCCCUUGUAUUUACAGAGAACAAGUUAAGAAUGUGUCAGCACUAUUUGCUAAAAGUUUUUUUUAAGCAUGGACAUUGUGCAGUUGCUUUUAUUAGUCAUGGAGCAAGAUGUAUUUAGCUAUUCCCUAAGUUUCACUUAUUUUACCCCUCUCUUCCAGAUAAAUAAAUCUUAGUAUAAAGUUCUGCCAAAAAAAGGGUCCUCAAAAGAAUUUUGCAGCAAAACUUCCAAAUAUAUAAUUGUCCAAUAUGAUUAUGACUAAAAUCCUGCAUAAAGUAAGUGGAGCAAAAUAUUCUUCCCGCACUGCUCUGUAUCCUCUAGCCCUCUGCUUCUUAAACUGCGGGUCUGGACCCCAAAUGGGGCCCUCUUAGCUCAGUGUUGGAUUCCUGAAAAGCUUGGCAACAGUAAAAGGUUCCUGAAUGCCACUCAUUUCUAAAAAUCUGAUAGCAACAAAAUACAGUGUUUACAGUGGAUUCUGCAGAAGAUGCUUCAGCUGUACUCCACAAAAAGGAAAAUCAGCCAGUUUAGCAAGUCUUGAGAAUAUUGAUUUGUUAUCAGAAAAUUCUUGAUUUGUACAUUUAUUUUAUAUACCUAUAUACCCAGGGUCACGAAAAAUUCUCAGAUCAAAAUGAAUGAAAAAUAUUUUAAGAAGCCCUACUCUAGUUCAUCUUGGUAGCUGACAUGUCCCACCAGGGAAAAGGAGACCAUUCAUAUAAUGAACAAACAUGGUCUCAGAAGUGGAAAAUAAGGUAGAGCGCCCUCUCCUUUCCCUUUUCCUUGGAGGCCAGAGCAGCUGCAUCUUCUCUGAAUUCCUUCUGCUGUACCCUCUGGUAAGCAGCAGCAGCAGCAGCAGCAAUGCUGCUUCCAAAGCUUGACAGCUGCUGGGGGAGAGGGGGUUGGGAUGAAAGGGAAAGACCUCUGAAAAAGUCUCACUAAGAAAAAUCCUGUGAUAAGGUUGUAGUCAACUUGAAAGCACAUCACAACAGUGAUGUAAACAGGACAGGGGACUCCCUGUGUUCUAGUUGCACCAUGUCAUGUUCAAUGAGUGCAAAAGAAGGGAGCAGUAGCCAAGCCUCUUGAAGGAAAUGGGAGCAGAUGAAGCUUCGGAUUUUGGCAGUUGCAGUGACAAAGGAAGUGUUUCCUGCAGAGAGAAUGUUAUGCUCCACCUAUAAUGGUCACUCAGGACCAGGGCUACGCAUCCUCAGCCAUGAAAGGAGGUGUAACACUUCACCACAACUACUGGCCUUCCACACGGCCCUGUAUCAAGGCAGAAAAUCCCACAUUAUCUGAGUGUGGACUCAUAUAACCCAGUUCAAAGCAGAUAUUGUGGGAUUUUCUGUCUUGGUAUUCUGGGUUAUAUGGCUGUGGAGAAGGUCCUCACCAAAAUGCUACCAUCUCUGGAAUCCAUGGGGCCCUUCUACACUGGCCUAUAUCCCAGAAUAUCAAGGCAGAAAAUCCCACAUUAUCUGAGUAUGGACUCAGAUAACCCAGUUCAAAGCAGAUAUUGUAGGAUUUUCUGCUUUGAUAUUCUGGGAUAUAAGUCUGUGGGGAAUGGCCCAUACUUGUUCCUUUUAUUCUCAAACAACCUUUUUCUUGGCUGAUUUUGUAACCUUGAGGGGUUGAGGCAGGAAGGUGAUAUCAGCUCCAAUGGCCACUUUGUGUCUCUAUAUGUCUGUUAGUCAGUGCCAGUGUCCAGGGGCUCAAACACCUCAAUAUACUGUGCUAUAUUCUAGCAACCUGGUUAGUGCCUCCUCUUAAUGCAGUGAGAGGCUUGUCCUAAGCAAGAAACUGGUCCGUGCUACAUGUAUCAACAUGGACAGGAACAGGUGUCCUGCACCAGUCCUGCCCUUCACAAGUUUUAACCUUUCCAAGUUAAAAUUAGAAACAGUGCAACAAACAGGUAAUUGUCCUCUCCAGUGGCCAAGACCUUGUACUCUCCAGGCCAGUUCCAGCAGCCCUUGGAGGGGCAUUGAGACUCUGCUGCCAACAUUGCACUUCAUCAAAACAAAA